UGCGCAGAUCAUUUGUGUAACUGAGGAAGUGCCUCGUUUUAAACGAUAGCUAAGCUAAACUGUAAACACUAGCAAUCAGAGGCACGCGUUUUUUUCUUACCUUUGGAAUGGAAAUAUAAGUUGUGGGGUCACACAUUCUUCAUCAGUGCAUGGACGCAAAACCAAUGCGCAGGGCCACCAGUGCACGCCAAGACACCACUGGAAUGGAUAUCACCAGCCGCUGUACUCUGGGGGACCCCAAUAAGCUCCCUGAAGGGGUCCCCCAGCCUGCACGUAUGCCCUAUAUCUCAGACAAACACCCGCGGCAGACCCUAGAGGUGAUCAACUUGUUGCGGAAGCACCGUGAGCUCUGUGACGUGGUGCUUGUGGUUGGCGCAAAGAAGAUUUAUGCCCAUCGUGUCAUCUUAUCUGCCUGCAGCCCCUACUUUAGGGCGAUGUUUACUGGAGAGCUAGCAGAAAGCAGGCAGACUGAGGUGGUUAUCCGUGAUAUCGAUGAAAGAGCCAUGGAGCUGCUCAUUGACUUUGCUUACACAUCCCAGGUGACUGUGGAAGAGGGGAAUGUCCAAACACUGCUUCCUGCAGCCUGCCUUCUCCAGCUGGCUGAGAUCCAGGAGGCCUGCUGUGAAUUCCUCAAGAGGCAGCUGGAUCCCUCCAACUGCCUGGGCAUCAGGGCCUUUGCUGACACACACUCCUGUCGAGAGCUGCUCCGCAUUGCCGACAAGUUCACACAGCAUAAUUUUCAAGAGGUAAUGGAAAGCGAGGAAUUUAUGCUACUACCUGCCAACCAGUUGAUUGACAUCAUUUCGAGCGAUGAGCUCAAUGUACGCAGUGAGGAGCAGGUUUUCAACGCAGUGAUGGCCUGGGUGAAAUACAGUAUCCAAGAACGUCGACCCCAGCUUCCCCAGGUGCUACAACACGUGCGGCUGCCGCUGCUCAGCCCCAAGUUUCUAGUAGGCACCGUGGGUUCAGACCCUCUCAUCAAGAGUGACGAGGAGUGCAGAGACUUGGUCGAUGAAGCUAAGAACUACCUGCUAUUGCCUCAGGAAAGGCCACUGAUGCAGGGCCCAAGAACCAGGCCGAGGAAGCCCAUCCGCUGUGGAGAGGUACUUUUUGCAGUUGGUGGCUGGUGUAGUGGUGAUGCAAUUUCCAGUGUGGAGCGUUAUGAUCCUCAGACCAAUGAGUGGCGGAUGGUGGCAUCCAUGAGCAAAAGACGAUGUGGAGUCGGUGUUAGCGUUUUGGAUGAUUUGCUGUAUGCAGUGGGAGGUCAUGAUGGCUCGUCUUAUCUCAACUCUGUGGAGAGAUAUGAUCCUAAAACCAACCAGUGGAGCAGUGAUGUUGCCCCGACCAGCACUUGUCGUACUAGUGUGGGCGUGGCUGUUCUUGGGGGUUAUCUGUAUGCUGUCGGUGGACAAGAUGGGGUUUCCUGUCUCAACAUUGUGGAAAGGUAUGAUCCUAAGGAGAAUAAAUGGACACGUGUGGCCUCCAUGAGCACAAGGCGUUUAGGUGUCGCUGUGGCUGUACUUGGAGGAUUUCUUUAUGCUGUCGGUGGAUCUGACGGGACAUCACCAUUAAAUACAGUGGAACGCUACAACCCUCAGGAAAACCGCUGGCACAUUGUGUCUCCCAUGGGGACAAGAAGGAAGCACCUUGGCUGUGCGGUCUACCAAGACAUGAUUUAUUCAGUUGGAGGAAGAGAUGACACAACAGAACUAAGCAGUGCAGAACGGUACAACCCCAGAACCAACCAGUGGUCUCCUGUGGUGGCCAUGACAUCCAGACGGAGUGGGGUUGGCUUGGCUGUGGUAAACGGUCAACUGAUGGCAGUUGGAGGCUUUGAUGGAACAACGUAUCUCAAAACUAUAGAAGUUUAUGAUCCUGAUGCCAACACUUGGAGGUUGUAUGGAGGUAUGAACUACCGCCGCCUAGGUGGAGGAGUGGGUGUGAUUAAAAUGACUCACUGUGAAUCACACAUAUGGUAACACCUCAGCACCUCUCCAAUCCACCACAACACACAGCGCCCAUCGUCAUCACGUUUCAACAGAUGCCUCUUUACACUGACUCUAAUGCUGCCCAAAGAGACGCUCUUUUUCAUGCAAGAAUGAGAGAAGAGUGUGAGGGAGCACAAAUAAAGAAAGAAAUGCAAACUUUGAACCAAUGUUCAUCCCUAAAGGCUGUCUGAGGUCAGUGACAUUUAAAAAGCCUUGUUUUCUUUCAAGACAACCACACUUACACUGAAGUGCUUUGAGAGCUGAACACUACGCAUCAUUAAGCUUAAAGUUUACCCCCGCUCCCCUGCUGUCACUUCACUGUUUAAAAUAAAUUCUCCACACUGCUCCAACAGCAUGACAGAAUGGAAUGUUUGAAUAUGCAGCUUGUCUGAGACACUUGAACGUGUUUGCUGAUGGGCGUGAUAAGGGCAGAAGGUUACUGGAAGAGGUUUUUCCAGCUCCACCCACCUGCCAGCUGCUGUUUCACCUUUGCUUCAGGUGUCAGCCUCCAAAAACAAAUGAGAUCCCAACAGUCCAGCAGCUUUUGUUUUUUUUUCUUUUUUUGCCAUGAUUCAACAUUGAUAGUUGACUGUUUUCACUGUUGUUCCCCCCUUUUUGAAAUGUACAUCACUUCAUGGGCUGUUAUAUUUGUCUAGGCAACAUUAAUGGCAGAAAGCUGCUGGGUUCUGUACACAUUAAGGCUUUUGUUGAUUGCGGCUGUUUUCAGGUAGGUGGGACAGUAAGUGACUGCUAUACAAAUGUCUCCCACAUGUACUCACUCUACUUCAAAUGAGACAUUGCUGUUGCAAUUUACUGUUCCAGGGGGAGGCUGCUAUUUUGCCACACCAACCCAGUUCAGGUGCUACCCGUGUGGUUGAAAGAGUGUAUCAACCAGUCUGUUACUCACCCUUCCUCAGAAGCCCAAGGAAUUUGGAUACUAAAACCAUAAUUUUGUGUCUGUAGUUGAUCUUUGGCUUCAUAGCAGAAUGUCAGCACUUGCACACUAUGUGGUAAUAUCAAACUCAGUGAUGCUUUGCAGAAGUAUAAUUUUUACUUUACUGACAUCUCACUGCGAUUGGUUUUUGAAAUAUGGCAAAUUUUUCAUUUUUGCCAUUUAAUGCUAAGAAACAAAAGGCAUACCACCACAAUAUUGGCAUUGAUUUUUGAUUACACUGUUGAGUAGGUGUUUUAGGAUUAAAACAAACAAGCAAAAACCCUUAUGUGAUAAAAAUGUCAAAGGUGUUAUUUUGGUUUAAAAAAAAGAAUAGAUAAAUGAAUUAAGACACUGAGCGCUGUAGCCAAUGAUCUUCUGCAAGUACAUGGGUGAUGAUUCCAUUGUCUGUCAUUAUGGGAUCUUUCUGCUAAUUGCUAUUAUGCAGAGGUGUGGCCUGCUGGGGUGAAGAGCUGCAGAGAGACUUCGGCUGUAUGGCUAAUGCAAGAAAUAAGAUCAGCGUCAACUUUAAAAUUUGAUCAACUUGUACAUAUUUUAUGACGGAACAAAAGCAGUUUUCAGCAGUCGCAUCAUGUGGAUAGAUUUCCCACAGCCUGAACAUCAAAGAGGUGCAGGUUUCACUUUUUAGUUAAGAAAUGUUAAUUUGGAAACGGAGAUGCACUUAUUCAUCAUUAUGUUGGUUGCUAGGCCAGAGAAUGGAGUUUGGACUCUGUAAACCGGUUUAGACUUUAAUCACAGCCCUUAUAUUGCUGAUAAUUUGGGGGGGCGGGGGAGCUUUUUCCUUACAUUGAGGAGAAUUGGAGCCAGUUUUCAAAAUUAUAUUUGUGUAUGUUACUUCAGUUUGACAGGCUUGGCAAACAAAUAGAACAGUGAUGUUUAAAAAAGGGGAAAAUGAUCUAAAAACUGGAAAUAUGACCAAUGUUAUUUAAGCAUUAAUGGUCCAUCUGUUUUUUUUUUUAAUAAUAUUAGCAUAUUUUUUGUAUAUGCAGGAAUAACGUAUUUCAAUGAUGUCAAAUUCUCCCAUCUUUGCACAAUUUUGAGUUUUUGAAACCAUUUUUGUUUACAGUUGCCAUGUUCAUGUGGUGUUCUGAUAUUUACUGUACAGCACAGUGUAGCCCCACCUGCUGGAAGACGUCUGUAAAUGUGUGCAGCACUGAUACAAGUACAUUUCAUGUUACACUAAAUGAAAACAUUGUUUUUAAAGUUU